CAUUCUCUGAAUCGCUUUACUUGUUUGGUGUUUUGUUCCAUUUUCAAAAAAUAUGUGGUACGAAAUUCUUCCCAGUGCUUUCAUUAUAACGGCAGGUUUGGGAUUGCCUGGAUGGGCUCUUUAUCACAUACACAAUCUCGUUUUAGGAAACCACUAUCGGCGCACUCUCCUUCAGAGAUGGGACCGCAUUCAGUACCAGAGAGAUAUGAGGCUUACUGGUAACCCUUACAAAGUUAAUGGGCUGGAGAGUAUCCCAGACAAAUGAAUAAAUUUUAUGACUUUUUAGAAAACAUAAUAGUUACAUAUGUCUUGUUUGAAUUGUAUAAUAAAUUGAUUUAAGUUAUUGUAUUUUUUACAUUUAAUUUAAAACUUAUCCAUUUAUUGGGGUGUACCCAUUUAUUAUUUAAGAUGAUUUUAACCUUUUUCCUUCCCUAUG